AUGCCGUACCCCAUGCGCGACCCAUCUUGUAGCAGUGUUGGCAUGCACGUCUUUUCACAUUUUUGGCUUUUAGCUUCUAUCCGGUCAUGUCUGGCCCCUGCAAUUCGCAUUCGCCCAAGGGCGAUCUCCAAGAGAGGUAACAGCUCAUUCCUCACUCAGAUUGGUCGGGACCAACUUGUACGGCUGUCGACGUUGGAAUCGAACGAUGACAUCUGGAACGUGCUGAAGAACGUAUCUGAUACCGGUAUCACGGCCGUCAGGAUUUGGGCAUUUAACGGUUCGUUACGGUUCGUUCAUCGUCUGUCUACCGAGGACGUGGAAAUCAUUCCCGAGAGCGGAACGUGGUUUCAGUUUGUACAGAACGGCACUACUACCAUCAACGAUGGAACAAAUGGACUGCAGAAACUUGAUACACAGUGGUUCAAAUGGCAGAACAACAAGGGCUAUAUGUUAUCAUUACCUAACACAACAUCUUCCGGCACUGCAUCACCUGACGUGCUUGCGUCUGUCGCUAUUCCGCGUAACACUCUUUCAAACGACUAUGGCAGUAUGGAUCUAUAUGUCCGCCAGUUCGGACUUCAGAACCACGACGAUUUCUACACGAGCGAUGAUACCUUGGCUGCCUUCCAGAAUUACACUAAGCAGAUCGUAUUACGCUAUUUCGACAGCCCUGCUGUGUUCGGCUGGGAGCUUGCGAAUGAUGCUAG